UUCGUAUUUCAGGGGCGAAAUAAAAGUCAUAUCAUCAUCGAAUCGAAUAUAGAAAAGACAGCGUGUCCUCUUUUCUUUGAUUGUUGGUUUGGUUUGGUUUGUUCAUUAUCAUCACCAUCAGCAUCACUCCAUAAUCGAAAAAUCAUAAAUUGAGAUUCUUGUUGCCGGUUUCCGAUAUUUUCGUUUGUUUGUUUAGUUGAGCAUUUCUGUCUCCUUUCCUCUUUUCAAUUUGAAAAAAAAUUCUUCAGUUUUACAUUAGUUUUUUUUACAAAACAAACAAUGGAUAACAAUAAUAAUUCAGCAAGAUAUUUGGGAAUGUUUGAUAAUAUUUCCAAUAAAUCGACAAUAUUUUAUCCAUUUUUGCGUAAUGCUCAAUGUCAAUCGCCAUCUUCAUCAUCAUCAUUAUCAUCACCACCACCAUUGUCAUUAUCAUCAUCAACAACAUCUGUGGUACCGGCUAGACAAUUUUCAAUGGCUAAUGCUGUUGAAGGUGAAGUUGAAUUUGGUUCAUUAAAAUAUUAUGGUUUAUGUGGUUUUGGUGGUAUACUUAGUUGUGGUAUUACACAUACAGCUGUAACACCAUUAGAUUUGGUUAAAUGUCGUAUACAAACAAAUCCGGAAAAAUUUAAAAAUAUUGGUCAUGGUUUCAAGGUGACCUAUGCUGAAGAUGGUUUUCGUGGUUUGGUACGUGGUUGGGCACCAACUUGUAUCGGUUAUUCAUUACAAGGUUUAGGAAAAUUUGGUUUUUAUGAAAUAUUCAAAAUUUUUUAUGGCAAUUUAUUGGGUGAAGAAUUAUCCUAUACUUAUCGUACAUCAUUAUAUUUGGCUGCUUCUGCAUCGGCUGAAUUUUUUGCCGAUAUUGCAUUAUGUCCAUUAGAAGCAUGUAAAGUACGAACACAAACAAUGGCUGGUGCAUCACCAUUACUACGUAAUAUUGCACCAUUAAUUUAUCGUAAUGAAGGUAUUGGUGGUUUUUAUAAAGGUUUAGUACCAUUAUGGAUGAGACAAAUCCCGUAUACAAUGAUGAAAUUUGCCUGUUUUGAACGUACUGUUGAAUUAUUAUAUAAACAUGUUGUACCUAAACCACGUGCCGAAUGUAAUAAAGUUGAACAAUUAACUGUUACAUUUGCUGCUGGUUAUAUUGCUGGUGUUUUUUGUGCUGUUGUUUCACAUCCAGCUGAUACUGUUGUUUCAAAAUUAAAUCAAGAUCGUGGUAGUUCAGCUGGUGCUGUAUUGAAAAAACUUGGUUUUAUUGGUGUAUGGAAAGGAUUAGUUCCACGUAUUAUUAUGAUUGGUACAUUGACUGCAUUACAAUGGUUUAUUUAUGAUGCUGUUAAAGUAUGGCUUCGUUUACCACGACCACCACCACCAGAAAUGCCCGAAAGUUUGAAAAAGAAAUUGGAAGCUAAACAAGCUUAAAUAUCUACAUAGAAAUCUAUUGGCAUUAUAGGGGGGAAGAGGAGAGAAAACCAUCAAAAACAAAUUGAUAAAUUGAUUGUAAUUUCAGAUGGCUAUUAAUUAUUAUUUAAUUUUA